ACAGAUGAAUCUGAUACAUACCUUCCUUCUAUAUCGUUUCCAAAGCUGAAGGAUAUGCGUUUAGAUUACUAUCCACUCAAAGAUUCGAACACCCUCGCUUUAUUCAAGAACGCGCCAAUACAGACUGCCACUAUUGUUGACAUGGUUGAUAGAUUCCAAUUCCCUGCAAUAAUUACCUUCAGAGAUGUUCAAACUCUACACAUUUCUAUUAGAAACUGGAAUAAUAAGGUGCAUGACGAAGCUACGGUGUCUUUCGUAAAGGAUAUUUUCAGCAAACCGUUCUCAACUUUCAUCACUGAAAUACGUAUUGACACAAGCUUACCAAUUCCACUUCCUGAUACGAUUCUGUGGACAAAGUUAGAAAAGCUAUGUCUUCAAUUCCCAGUAUAUCUCUCCAAUCUUACUCAUAUUCUCCCUCAGCUUCCUCAUCUGCGCUGGCUCCUUGUCGGGGCCGUAUGCAACACUGGAAACGACACUGGAAACAUAACACCACCACCCAUUUGGAACAACACCCUUACUCAGCUUAUCUUAUUCUCAAGUGUUGUUCAUAUUCCGACGAUUCCUUCUCUUGAUGCAAUGUGCACUUUGGUAUCUGGUUUGCCCUCCCUCCUCAAGCUGGCUGUUCCAGACGAUAUAUUAUCUACGGUGAAAGGUGCACUUUCUGAACGUGGUGUUUCCCAGGAAUUGAAUGAGAGGACGCUUCAGGUUGUUGGAUACCUUCCAGAUAAAGCAGCUUUAUAUCUUCGAGAUGGCAUUCCCUACACCGAUAGUCAAGACAACCUAAUUGUAUAAUACAUCUAUAUGUAGUGGCUGUGCCAAUAUAUGCUACAUCGUCCAAACAUAAUAUUAUGCUUGUUGCUAUGUGCAUGUUCGAAUAAGAAAAGAAAAGCCGAACUAUUGGCCAACGUAUACAUAGGGUAAAAACCAGCACAUCCUCACAGUUAUUAGCUGAUUGCAUGCGAUAAUUGACAGAAAGGCCCCUGUUAGCCUCCUGCCAAUUGUAUGGCUAAACUCAUACCAAUACUUGUGUGUGCUUGGCCGGCCGUACCAUGCCUUGCACCGGCUAGAGGCAAGCAGGAAUAAACACACGUAUGGGCUCCAACGCGCUGCAAGACAGAGAUGUAACAAAACUACGUUCAUGUUGUUAG